AUUAAAAAGUUUUGGAAAACGUUGCUCAGCAAGGGCUGCUUCUGACUAACACCAUAACGGCUUAUCUCCCAGAAUAAAACGUUGCUAUGAUCCUUGGUUAAACUUGACAUGAACAAAAGGACACAGAUUUAUGAAAUAAUUAUAUAUUGCCUUAUUGGAGUAACGCCAGAAAUCGCUGACAAUGGAUGGAUUCUCUAGAAGUUUCUAUGGUCUAUAAUUUCAUGACAAGAUUACCAAGCUGCCCGCAAGGAGGAGGGAAUCUUCUUUUUCUUCAAUCAUCAAUAUUUCAAUCAUAAAGAAUAUUAUUAAGAUUCAAUAUCUUUGCGGUUGAGUGUCCCGUCUCGUUUCCCACAAAGACCUCCCCGAAGGCUAAAUCUGCAAAGUGAUGUGUUGAUUGUGUUCCAUGGAUGCAAAGUAAUUUAUGAUAAACACGAAGCCUCCUCAUAGCAAACAGAGUCUAGAACAUCAGAGAAGGAACUGUUGAUUCAUACGUUAUCUUUAUAGAAAACCGUGCGUGAUACGUUAUAUUUAGAAAGUAGCUUCAACUAAAAAUAUGGCCCCAACGGAGCUAGUUUUAGAAUUUGAUGAAGAAUUCACGAUAAUCUCUUCAAUCCUAAUCUUCAUAGGUUUUAUCUGUAAUCUUAUUCUCUUAAUCUGCAUGAUCAAGGAUCCCUUGCACAUAUUUCGUAAUCCAUCAUCUUAUCUGAUCAUAAACCUAGCUAUUGCUGAUAUGGAAUCCUGUGUGGCUCAGCUGAUUUUCAACGGGCUCUUAAUCGUGGGUCAAUUGGACACGGCGAGGCUUGUGUUUGAGAGUGGAAUAACAUUUUUCGGUCCAGAUGUUUCAUUUAUGUGUCUCCUUUCCCUUGCGAUUGAACGUUAUCUGUGUGUAACAAAACCCAUUCUUUACCGCGUGCAUUUUACUGGCAAGAAAAUCGUUGCUUUGAUUGCUUUUAUAUGGUUCCUUCACAUCGCAAGAGUGGCUGGAAUUAUAUAUUCUCUAAAGGCAGAUAUCGUAGACAUAAAAGACGUGAAAAUAAUCACUUUGUUUUUACACGUAGUCUUCAUUUUAUUCUGUCUGAUUUGUAACAUCGCCACAAUGUCUCAUUUCAACAAAACCCGAGCUCGCGAACUCCAGGAAGGAACUGGUAACCACGCCCCAAGUGCUCGUGUUCGAACGCAAAGACGGUUUGUGGUAACCAUGGUGAUCAUUUCCUCGUGUUUAGUAGUAACUAUAGUACCAUUUACCGUACUCAAGUUCUUAACUGAGGUUCGGGAUAUUCCACUUCCAGUCGAAGCAAUAGCGAUCGUACAGACAUUUUACAUCAUCAACUUUGGCAUCAAUCCAGCAUUGUAUUUCUGGCGUAUGCCCCGAUAUAGGAAAUCCAUAAUAGCUGUUUUAUGUUGUAAAAAAGGAAAUAUAUAAAUCUCCAAAUGUAUGAAAACAAAAAAGCGAUUCGCAGACAAUCAGAUAGCUUGCUAAGAGGAUGGAAUUCAGCUAAUUCCUCCUACCAGGAUUACAAUCUAAUCUAAAGCAUGAUUUUCUCUGGCAAGCGUAGUGA